GCACUCCGCUCCUUUCUUACGUCACUACUACGCGUGCGCUUUGGAAGGAGGUGCGAGACUUCGGGGGGAAGGGCAGGGGGCGGGCCUAGGCCGAGGUCUCACGGCGACUGCGCUGAUGGGAUCCCGACUGGAACAUGGCGACUUGCGCCGAAAUCCUGCGGAGCGAGUUCCCCGACAUAGACGGACAGGUCUUCGACUACGUGACGGGCGUCUUGCACAGCGGCAGCGCGGACUUCGAGUCUGUGGAUGACUUGGUGGAAGCUGUGGGGGAACUAUUGCAAGAGGUGUCCGGGGACAGCAAGGAUGACGAGGGCAUCAGAGCCGUGUGCCAGCGCAUGUACAACACUCUGCGCCUGGCGGAGCCACAGAGCCAAGGAAACAGCCAGGUGCUACUGGACGCUCCCAUCCAGUUAUCAAAGAUAACAGAGAGCUAUGACUGUGGCACCAAACUUCCAGGACUGCUAAAGAGGGAACAGUCCUCGACAGUGAAUGCAAAGAAGCUAGAGAAGGCCGAGGCUCGACUGAAGGCAAAGCAGGAGAAGCGCUCAGAGAAGGACACAGUCAAGAUCAACAACCCUCUAGUCUUAGAAGAAGCAUCAGCCAGCCAGCCAGGCAGCAGAAAGGAGAGUCGGUUGGAAUCAUCUGGCAAGAACAAAUCCUAUGAUGUGCGGAUUGAGAACUUUGAUGUGUCCUUUGGCGAUAGGGUACUGUUGGCUGGAGCGGAUGUGAACCUGGCAUGGGGCCGCCGCUAUGGGCUGGUGGGACGGAAUGGGCUGGGGAAGACGACGCUACUGAAGAUGCUGGCUACCCGGAGCCUGCGGGUUCCAGCCCACAUUUCCCUGCUGCAUGUAGAGCAGGAGGUUGCUGGAGAUGAUACCCCUGCCCUGCAGAGUGUGCUGGAGAGUGACAACGUGCGAGAGGACCUGCUACAGCGGGAGCGGGAACUCAGCGCCCAAAUUGCUGCUGGCAGGGUGGAAGGCUCUGAAGCUGCACAGCUGGCAGAAAUCUAUGCCAAAUUGGAAGAGAUUGAGGCUGACAAGGCACCUGCCAGGGCAUCAGUCAUUCUUGCUGGGCUUGGCUUUACCCCUAAAAUGCAGCAGCAGCCCACUCGGGAGUUCUCAGGUGGCUGGAGAAUGAGACUGGCCCUGGCCCGGGCCCUCUUUGCCAGGCCAGAUCUUCUGCUGUUAGAUGAACCCACAAACAUGCUGGAUGUAAGGGCCAUCCUGUGGCUGGAGAAUUACCUGCAGACAUGGCCCUCCACAAUCCUAGUCGUCUCCCACGACCGCAACUUCCUGAAUGCCAUUGCCACAGACAUCAUCCACCUGCACAGCCAGCGGCUAGAUGGUUACCGGGGAGACUUUGAGACCUUCAUCAAGAGCAAGCAGGAGCGGCUGCUCAACCAGCAGCGUGAAUAUGAGGCACAGCAGCAGUAUCGCCAGCACAUCCAGGUUUUCAUCGACCGAUUUCGCUACAACGCCAACAGGGCCUCUCAAGUGCAGAGUAAACUCAAGAUGCUGGAGAAGCUACCGGAGCUGAAACCUGUAGACAAGGAAUCGGAGGUUGUGAUGAAGUUUCCUGAUGGGUUUGAGAAGUUCUCACCACCAAUUCUGCAGUUAGAUGAAGUGGAUUUCUACUAUGAUCCUAAACAUGUCAUCUUCAGUCGUCUCUCCGUCUCUGCUGAUCUGGAGUCCCGCAUCUGUGUGGUUGGGGAGAAUGGGGCUGGGAAGUCCACCAUGCUGAAGCUGCUUAUGGGGGACCUAGCACCUGUUCAAGGCAUCAGACAUGCUCACCGGAAUCUGAAGAUUGGCUAUUUCAGCCAGCACCAUGUGGAGCAGCUGGACCUGAAUGUCAGUGCUGUGGAACUGCUGGCCCGAAAGUUUCCUGGGCGGCCAGAGGAGGAGUAUCGUCACCAGCUGGGCCGGUAUGGCAUCUCAGGAGAACUGGCCAUGCGCCCUGUUGCCAGCUUGUCCGGAGGCCAGAAAAGCCGGGUGGCCUUUGCUCAGAUGACCAUGCCCUGCCCCAACUUCUACAUUCUGGAUGAACCCACAAACCACCUGGACAUGGAGACGAUUGAGGCUCUGGGACGUGCUCUCAACAACUUCAGGGGUGGCGUGAUUCUGGUGUCCCACGAUGAGCGCUUCAUCCGGCUAGUGUGCCAGGAGUUGUGGGUGUGUGAAGGAGGCGGCAUCACCCGGGUCGAGGGGGGAUUUGACCAGUACCGUGCCAUCCUCCAGGAACAGUUCCGCCGUGAAGGCUUCCUCUAGGGCCCCCAGGCUGAGGACUGUGCCCAGGACAUGGACAGGUCUCUCAGACCCCUGGGUCAUCACAUGGGCAACCAGCUCCAGCCCGUGGCCUUCCCCUGACUUGGGUCAGCCUUAUUCCCAAAUCUCUCCUUUCGACUGGAUCAUCCUCUGCACAACCUGGGGAGCCCAUCCAAGGGUCUGUGAGGACUUGUCUCCCAGACGGAAGGUGUCAGGGGUGCCCUCUAGGGUUAUAGAUUCUCCCACUGCCCCAGCGCUAACUGGGCCCCAUGUGGCUGCUAUGUAAAUUAAAUUCCCCCUGCAUCUCCCUUGCCUCAUCUCUGCUGCUCCCUGGGCAGGGCUGCAGUGUUUGCCUACUGUUGAGGGAUGUGGGCUCUCUAAUUGGCGUUUUCCUGUGACUUGUAUCAAUCACAUGGAGAAAGCAACAGCAGCACCAGCCUUGCCCCUGGGAAGAGACAUUGUCAAGGCUGCUUGGGCAUGGACGUCAUCUGCCUGACCUUGGGGUGGGUUGAGCUGGUGGAAUGAGGGGAAGUGUGUUGGCAUCACUGUGAUGUUGUUUCCCCUUGCUUGGGCUCGGUCUCAGCUGAAGGGGUCUUGGGCUCUGCUUGGGAGUUCGAACUGAUUUUGUGACCUUGUCUUAAACAUGGUUUGCCAACUGCUUUCUUCAGUGGUUUCUGGCCCAGGUUCACUCUGCUGCUCUGAUCUGGACACUCAGGGCUGAAGAGAAACCAUCUUUGUCCCCAUUUUGCUUUGGUAGUUUUAUGUUCUUCAUUUUUCCUCUAACCAUGUGGGUGAGGCCUGGGGAGUGGGAGUUGAUGAUAGGUCCUAAUGGGAAGAAAUAGAACACUUUGUUUUCAAUUUAAGCAAUCUUUAUGAGGGGAGAGGAGAUGUUUGAGGUAGUAUGAUUUAUAAAUAUUUCUUGAGGACUUACCUGCUAUGUAUAAUUGUUAUUCAAAGACCUUAAAAUGGAGACAUUGUUUUGCUCUCAGUGACAGUGGAGAAACCAGAGUCAGCAGAAUGACCUUGCUGGCUUCGUGGAGAUUGUAGUCACAAAGCUCAACCAAGGGAUUGUGGCUCUGAGCUGUUGAGGGUAUUGUGGUAUAGGUAGCUAGGGGAGAGAAACCUGUUUGUGGGGUAGAGGAGAAUAAGGACAGGAAGGCUCUGUUGACUGACCACAGAGCAGGCAUUGGUGGACUGAUGAAACUGUCAUAAGGGCCACUGAUGUGCCUGUCUCUUCAACUUCCCUCCCACUCGGCAGUCCAGAGGAGGUAUUCCUCCAGCCGUGUCUGUGGCUAUGUGCACUCUCAGCCCUCCUGAGAGCUUUCUCACAGCCCUCCUCAUUCUGUUCCAACUUCAGACCUGCAGAUGGGUAAGUUGGGAGCCAUUCGUUGCAGGAUCUGUGCCUGCCUGUUUGCCAGGCUUUCAUCCCCUCAGCCCCUUUUCAGCUUGUGAUCUCCUAUAGGAGGAGUUCUUCCCAAUUCCUAAGUCCCUGGAAGUGCAGCUGAACAGUCUGUGACACAGAAUAUGCUUUUGUGCUUGAAGAGCACUGGAGUUGGAGUUGGGUCUGAGAUCAAAUCUCAGCUCUACUACAGGUAACAGAAGGGGCCACCAAUAUUAACUGGGUAACCACAACAAAUCACUUGACCUUUUUGAACAUCUACUCAGUUUCUUUAUAGGACUGUUGUGUGGAUUUGCUGACAAGCACAAGAGAUAAGCACUCAGUGAUUCCUGUGUGACCAGUCUCUAUUUGAUGGACUAUUAUAUGGCAAAAGAAGUAAAUGUUCUCUGAAUGACUCAAGGUAGACCAGUUUGGGCUCAAAGGAAGGAAAACUAAUAGCUCUUUAGCCCUGUCAGGCACUAGAGAAGUGCUCUCUUGGGUCAGAGGGAGCACUAGAUGGCCUCCAAGUUGACUUCCAGUUUUACAAUUCCAUGAAAGAAAUGUGAAGAGCCGGUGCUGCAGGACUUCAGAGAGAUGGGGUAAAUGAAUUGCAGCAGCUGAGAAAGACCCUAUCUUCUGGGGCGUAAGGAGGGGAGUUGGCAGAAGAUAUUGUUUUGUGGGAUGGAAAAAUGACAGUCAGCCAGCUCCAUUUCAGAAAGCACAGGACAAAGGGGAGAGGAUCUGACAUGGAAGGGUGGGAAGUUGCCCUCAAUCACUCCAGACUGUGCAUCACGGUAGCCACACCCUUCACUAGCCAAUGUCAACCAUUCCAGAAGCCAUCUUUCCACUGGAGCUGCUCUGCCAACUUCAGAGCUUUAAACCAGUCGGGAGCUCACCAGGUUGAAAGGCCUCAGCCCACAGUCUUGGUUGAAAUUCUGGCCUCCCAACCUCUGCUGGCCUUACUGCGCUCACCAGCACCUUAGGCAACCUGGCUGGUACCCAGUGGGAGGCAGGGUGUAGAGGGGCCGUGGGUCCUUUGGCACCAGUCUACAAGGUACUUGAAGAUGCUUGAUAGGGAAUUGUUAAUUUCAGUGUGAUGUUAUUGUCUUGAGAUUUAUUGGACAUAGACAACAUUUUGCUAAGUUCUCACUGGUUUCCAGGCAAAUUUUAGCUAGCGUCAGAGCCCAGCUCUGCCUCAAGCCUGAGCAUGCAGAUUGGAUGUCAGAACCUGUGGGAAAUCCUAGCAGGCUAGCAGGGUGGGCCUCGGUCAUAGAGGUCUUUCACAACCUGGCCGAUGGGCCUCUAGGGGUCCCUGAACCUGUAGUGAUGGGCCCCACUCAACUCUGCCCCUGCAGCUGGGCUUCUGUUGUGCUUUGUGCUUCUCCGUUGUGAGCUGCAUGCCAUCAUUAGAACUGCACUCCCCAUUUUGCCUUGACAUCCUUGAAGGCCAGACUGGCUCACUAUUGUUUGCAUCUUCUGUGCCUGUCACAGGUUGGGUUCCCUGGGAAGCAGUAUGCAGGGCAUUUAUUACAGGGUGCUGCUGGGAUCAAAACCUGUGAAGGGAGGGCCUAGGGAACAGGGUUGAGCAGAGGGAGAGGUUGAGCAGCAAUCCAGGCCCGAUGAAAGCCUCAGUCAGUCCCACACGCUGGAGCUGGGAUAGCCCUGCAGAGCUGUCCUGAGUUGGGGCAGUGUGUCAGGCCUCCAUUCUGCUAAGGUGAUCAGCCUUUAGAUGCUGGGGCUACCAGGAGGAGACAUCAUUCUGAGAGAGGAAGUUUUCUUGAGUUGAGGCAAUCCCCCUCAGGGGCUGAGAGCUGAGGACUUCCUGCCAUCGGCACUCUCAGGAGCUAGGCCAAGUCCAUCAUUCCUGAGAGGGGAUCUGGGCAGCUCAUCACUGCAUCCACUACAGUGCCUAGCACAUAAUAGGUUCUUAGUAAAAAUGUUUGAUAAAUGAAUAUUUUAGGAAAAUUGAGAAGUAGGGAAUGACAUUGAGGGAGAGAGAGUAGAGGCAAGGACCCCAUUACCAAAGUCCAUCCUUAAGGAGGUGGGGGUCAGGACGUUGGAGUGGAGGGGAGAAGGGAGGGAGGAUGGUAUGCAGACUCAGCAAGUGCUUUUGAACUCGGCCCAACUAGAGAAGACUUUUUCUGGCCAGAAUCUUUGAAAUGAAAGCUUUGGAACAUGAAGAGAGAAGUUCAAGAGGCCUGUUCCCCAGCCUUGUUUCAAGAUGAUAAGGAACUUUCAAAUAAUAACAGUUGAUAUUUAUUAGGCUCUUAUUGUGUAAUAGAUGUGGUUGUAAGUGCUUACCUAUAUUAACUCAUUCAGUCCUCACAACAGCACUAUGAACUGGCACAAUUAUUAUCCCCAUUUUAUAGAUGAGGAAAUGCAGGGAGUUGAUGUAGUGGGCGGCAGGGCUGGGAUUCAAGGCUCUAGAGCACUGCUCUUACCUGCCGCGCUGUACUACCGCCUGGCUCUUAAUGUGAUGUGCUCAGUAGUCAUCAUUUGUUAAUUCCACCACUUAAAACUCAUUAAUUGUGUGGGCAGGAGGUUGAACAAGCUUCUCUCAGGAGAGCAAGCUGACGAGUAAAAGUUCCUAGCACAGUGGCUGAUGCUUGGUGCCCAACUAAUAGUUGUUCAUUAAAUAAAUGAUCUAAAAUCUGUGGUAUAGUGGAAGAGUCAUGUACUGGGAUUAGCCCAGCUCUACCACUGAUGGUCUCGGGCAGUCAACCUCUCCUGAGUAAAUUAUCCUUAUCCUUAUGCCUUAUCCUUAUCCUUAUGCCUGCUUCUUUGGGUGGUUGGAGGAUUGAAUGAGGCAAGGUCCUGUGUAAUUGGAAUAAAAAUCUUUGUUAGCUGUAAAGUCCUAUGCAUCCAAAAGGUGUUAUUUCAUGGGAGGAGUGAUGGAGGCAGCAACCUGGAGCCUUGUCUGGAGACACCCAGACUCACAUGUGCACAUAAACACUGUAGGCAAGAUGAUGGCCCCAGGAGCACCACGCCUGCUGAGCUAGGCAUCAGAAAGCACGCGUGUAGGAACACAGCAUGAGACUCUGCCUGGCACCCACUGAGUGCAUGAGGCGAGGCAGAAAUCACCAUGCAAUUUAAGCCCAUUCUAAUAUGUAUAGGUCAUGCCCUGUCAGUAAUUCUAAGUGGCUGUUUUCUUUGUUAAUAAAUGGGUAGUUUGGAAGUGA